CGUCUUCUCCUUCCUUCUCACCCUUCUCUAUCUCUCAUUCUCUGACAAAAUCUGACAAAUGCAAUAAUGCAUAAUAGCAAGAGACUGUAAAAUAUAAUAAAAAUGCAAUUUGUAGCAAUAUUGUAAUUGUAAAAUAAUUACUGUUGAGUUGUUAAUUUUUAACUCAAGUUCAAUACAGUUUCUUUUAGCCCAACAUUCGUGAUAAUCAGAUUUAAGUUAUUCUGAACGAAAAACCAAAAUUCAACCAUGUUCUCUGGAGUGUAUGGAUAUUAAGAAUAAUUUUUUAUGGACUAGUUUAUUAGGAGAUAAUAAUAAAUACUACCAGUUAAUCUUUCUUUCAUUCGAGUGAAAAUAGAUAAAACGCCAAAAAUGGAGGAAAAAUUGCGACAAAUGGAGGACGAAAUGAAUCGUUUCGAAGCGGAAAUUGGUGGACAAAUGGUACCGCCUAUGGUGAGGCCAGUAAUUGGUGCAAAUACUUAUAAUCAAGUUGCACGACAACUUGAACAACAUGAAAUCCCAAAUCCAGUUGUUGCCGCAGCCGCGGGUUUAGCAUUUCCGCCUAUUAUGGGAUUUCCGCCUCCACCACCUCCGCCACCUCCCAUUAUGAUUCCCCCUCAAGUCGCCAGACAAGGGUCAGUGACAAUUGCGAGUUAUUCGUCACCAGCACAAAUAUCCACGUCGUUCAUGUCAAAUAUUGUUGAUCAAUGCCUAACGGCCAAUCCAAAGUCUUACGAGCAACCAACGCCGCCCAUGAUUCAUCCAGAAAUAAUUGAACACAUUAUUAAUACGAAAGUGACGGAGGACGACGGCAAACGUAAGCCGAAGGCUAAAGGUGUGAGUACCGCGGCCGAACUGGCGAUCAGUCAGGGCAAAGCUAGUUCAAUAAUGGCGAACGCCAGCGCUGAGGAGAGCCAUCCGAAGGGCAAGGGCAAGAAGAAUAAGAAAAUCAUCCGCAUGGCAGGUGGACAAACGUGGGAGGAUCCUUCGCUACUUGAAUGGGACGAUGAUGAUUUCCGAAUAUUCUGUGGCGAUUUAGGGAACGACGUGACGGACGAGAUGCUCGUACGCGUUUUCGGGAAAUAUCCAAGUUUUCAAAAAGCAAAAGUCGUCCGCGACAAGAGGACAAAUAAAACAAAAGGUUUUGGUUUUGUUUCGUUCAAGGAUCCACAGGAUUUUAUUAAGGCUAUGAAGGAAAUGAACGGAAGAUACGUUGGAUCUCGACCAAUAAAAUUGCGCAAAAGUUCAUGGAAGCAACGAAAUUUAGAAAGCGUUCGUAAAAAGGAUAAGGAAAAACAAAAUUUAAUUGGCUUAUUAACUGGGAGGUGACGAGAAUAUUAUCUUCCUUUGAAUCGGUAGAAAGAAUUUUUUUAUUCUUGAUUGAAUGUGUUCUCAGGAAAAUGAAAGGAUUGGGGCAAAUGAAAAUUAGGAGAAAGAACUGAAUAAAAAUCUCGAAAAAAGUUUUGUCAUUUUUUCAGAUUUAUUUCUUACUAUCAUUAGGUAUUUUUUAAAUUCGUUUCCUAUAAAAAAUAAAGGAAAUUAUUGUUAUUGUUUAUAAUAAAUUGUUAACAACUUUA